CCGGGAGAGUGGGACGGGACAUUAUUUACUCACCGGGAAGGGUUCGGCUCCCUCCUGUAUGACGAACCCUUCAAUGACGUGGGUGAGAAUGUGAGGCUUGACGAUGGCCUGGGGCGGUUUGCUGUCUCCCACGUGACGAUUCACCUUCAGGAGGCUGUUGACGGAGGCCUCUGUCAACAUGGAUCUUACUGACGUUCCUUGGGACCCUGGUAAAUCGGAGGAUCUUGAGGCAGUGACUCCUCAGUCUUCGCCCCCUCGUGAGGGAUCUGCUCUUUGCCCCAGUUCCUCUCUCGUUGAUGCCGAGAUGGAUUUCCCGUCCAUCGGCCCUUCCCAGGAGGUCUGCGAUCCGACUCCUCCGUCCCCGAUGCUCCCCUCCGACCCCGAAGAGGGCCGUCCGGCUCCUGUCCAAUCAGAAGGCCCCAGUCCCGUUGCCCGGCCAUCCCUGAUUGGUCAGGGUCAGCCAGGUAUCUUCCAAUCGGCAUGCUCCGAGCCCCAGUCCCCAGCCAAUGAAUGUGACCCGGAGAAGGCGCGUCCGAUUGGUGAGAUUGGCGACCGGGCGACAGGGAGGAGUCUCUCCAUUGGCCAAGGAAGCCCUGGGCCUUACCCCAGCGACCAGUCCGAACGGACGGAGCUCCCCGUCGGUCCGUCGGACCGCUCUCCCUGCGUCCGUGACCUGCUCACCGAGCUGGCCCGAGCCGCGGCCCCGGAGGUGGCCGAUUCCUCCGCGGGGGAAGAGGGUUCCGAGGAGGGGGCUCGCCCGGCCGGGCAGGGUCGCCCCGGCUCUGGCACGCCAGGGACGUCGCACGCUAUUGGCCGGGAGCUGGCCGAAACCUCGCCGGACGCAGACCGCCCCGCCGGGGCCCCUUCCGUCGGCCGGGAGCCGGCCGCGGACGAGCGCGACACCGAGAGGACCCGCCCGAGUGGCGGGGGAUCCGACGAGGUGGCAUCGGCUGAGCCCGGCGGUGAGAGGGCUGGCUCGGCUGGUCGGGGGCUGGCCGAGCCAGCUCCGGUUGGCCAGCAGACGGAUGGGACACUUCCCUUUGGGGAGGAGCCGGCUGGAUUAUCAUGGGCUGACCGCCCCGUUGAAAGGACUCCCUCCAUUGGUCAGGAAGCCAGUGAGCCGUUGGCGGGUGACCAGUACCCCGCGGGGAAUGGCGGAGCUGGCGGGGACCUUGUUGAACUAUCCCCUGAUGACCAGCCCACUGGGAGGAAUGACUCCAUUGGCCAAGAACCUACGGAGUCGUCAAUGGACGGCAGGGUCACUGGGAGGGCUCAGGCCACGGGCCAAUCAGCUUCGGCACCACUGACGGCAGGUGACCGUCUCGAUGAAACGGCUGGCCCCAUUGGCCAGGAAGCCGCACUGCGCCCUGAGGGGAGUCACCCGAUUGGUGAAGAACUCAGCCACCACCCUGCUGAAAGGGGGCCUUCCAUUGGCCAGGACCUGGCGGACCCAACACUGGACGGCCACCACGUCGAAGGGGCUCGCUGUAUUGGCCAGGAAAUCUCCGAACCAUCGCCGGACGAUGAAGGCAUUGAGAGCUGUCGUGCCAUUGGUGGAGAACUCGCUGGAUUACCAUUGGACGGCAACCAUGUCGAAGGGCUCGCUGGAUUGGCCGGGAAAUCUCCGAAGCAUCGCCGGACGAUGAAGACGUUGAGAGCUGUCGUGCCAUUGGUGGAGAACUCGCUGGAUUACCAUUGGACGGUCACCACGUCGAAGGGGCUCGCUGGAUUGGCCGGGAAAUCUCCGAAGCAUCGCCGGACGAUGAAGGAAUUGAGAGCUGUCGUGCCAUUGGUGGAGAACUCGCUGGAUUACCAUUGGACGGCCACCAUGUCGAAGGGGCUCGCUGGAUUGGCCGGCAGCUCACUGAGCCGUCAUGGGAUCAGGAAGACACUGAGAGGACUCGCGUGA